AUGGCGGCGAUCAGUCAUGCAGCUUGCAGCAGGGUUCUGGAAAAGUGUGGUCUGGAGCAGAUUUUGGAGGCGUUGAAGCUGCUGCUGAGCCCGGGAGGAUCAGGCUCAAAUUCUCUGCAGAUCACGAAACAUGACGUCCUGUUGGCUACUUUAAAAUCUAACCUGUCUGCUUUGGAGGACAAGUUUCUGAAAGAUCCUCACUGGAAGAUACUGAAACUCCUACGGGAUGAAAUUGCUAAUAAGGCAGAAUGGCCGCAAGACUCUAUGGACGUCACCUGGCAUUUUACCUCCCAGACCUUACUGCUGCUGCUGUGCUUGAAGGAAACCAUGCUCCGCCUGGCAGCUGAUUUCAAUCCAGGUAAACCCAACCCGAAGACUCCAGAAACUGCUCCUGCCCUCAGCCCGGACACGCUUAGCGUCUCCCAGCAAAAGACUGUCCAGUCAGUUUUGCAGUUUGUAGUGACCUUGGGUGUCUGCCCCUAUCUCGUGCCUGGUGUUGGAGUCCCUCUGAGAUACAGGACUGAGUUUGGGGCCGUCGUUCAGGACGUGGUGUGUCUCAGUGCUGCUCCCAGCGCUGCCCGGAGGCUGUACACGAGCUGCAGGGUCCUCCUCAGUGUUGCUCAGCAUGCGUCUCUGGGGAGCCUGGUUUUCUGCCGCCAUUUUGGGGAUAUUGCAGCAGGUCUGUGUCAGCUGGGGUUCUGCCCAAGCAAGAGAUCACUGCUAAGUCCUGAGGAAGAGGUGUUAACUGAAGAAGAGAGAGCCCUAUCGAGGAAGGCCCUAAGAGACAUCUUGGAUCAAGUAUAUCAGCCAUUAGCAGUCCGAGAAUUACUUAUCCUCCAGGGAGGACCGCCCCAGUCCUGCUCAGAAGGGAAGAUGCAAGUUAGGUGCCGGGCCCCAGCUUGGCUCCGGCGUCUGUGUGGGCAGCUCCUCUCUGAAAGGUUGAUGAGACCCAGCGGUGUUCAGGCAGUAGUCCGGGGCAUUUUGGAAGGAGCAGGUGCCGGGGCAGCUGGAGGGAGUGAUGCAGAGGCCACAGCUGCCGACUGGAAGAAGUGUGACUUGAUUGCAAAGAUUUUAGCCUCUUGUCCCCAGCAGUCUCUUUCACCAGAGGAUUAUUAUAGAGAUAUCUGCCCCCAGAUUUUGGAUUUAUUUCACUUUCAAGAUAAAUUGGCAGCACGACAGUUUCAGAGAGUUGCCACCACAACCUUUGUAACUAUGUCAAGAGAACAGCCACAACUGGCAGCCAAGUACUUACUUCAGCCUGUGUUAGCGCCUCUUCAUCGAUGUUUAAAUACAGCAGAGAUUCCAGAGAGUGAUGUGGUGCCAGGGACCAUUUUGGUGACAGAAGAACAACUUAGUAGAUGUAUUGAGGAUAUAUAUAAGGUCUACGUGGUCGGGAAUGAACCUUUAUCAGUUUUGGUGGAUUCUCUGCUUCCUGUCCUGGGAGUCCUCUUCUCUCUCUACUGUUUUACCAAGCAGAGCGUGUCGCACAUAAGGUCACUUUGCCAAGAGAUCUUAUUAUGGAUUCUGGGGAGACUGGAGAGAAAGAAGGCAAUUGCUAGCCUAAAAGGAUUUGCAGGGUUGGACAGAUCUGUGCCCUCUCUCCAUUCUCUGUGCCACUUUAGAGCUGCCACUCAGGGCGGCAUUAUGAUCGCCAUCAAAGAGGCCGUUUGUGAUGAAGAUGAAGAUGAAGCCCUAUACCAGAAGGUGUCCUCAGAGCAGUGCCGAGUGGAGCAUCUUGGGGGCUUGCUGUCCCAUUGCCAAGAAUGUGGUUUAGCCGGUGACUUUUUCAUCUUCUGCUUGAAGGAGUUGACUCACGUGGCUGUGGAAGAUGAAACAGAGUUAAAAAUGAAGUCUUUCUCCAACAAAAGCCUUUUGGAAUUAGAGCAGCACCAGACUCUUCUGGUGGAAGGUCAGGAGCGGAAGCUGGUGGUUCUCCAACUGGUGGCUCUUCUGUGUGAGAGAAUGUCUGAGCAGAUAUUCACCAACAUCACUCAGGUUGUGGACUUUGUAGCAGCAACCCUGCAGCGAGCAUGUGCAAGCUUGGCUCACCAGGCGGAGAGCACUGUGGAGUCACAGACACUGAGCAUGUCCAUGGGGCUGGUGGCCGUCAUGCUGGGAGGAGCCGUUCAGUUGAAGUCAAGUGAUUUUGCUGUCCUGAAGCAAUUGCUGCCUCUGUUGGAGAAGGUCUCCAACACAUACCCUGACCCUGUCAUCCAGGAACUUGCUGCUGAUCUCCGCAUUACCAUCUCUACUCAUGGGGCCUUUUCCACUGAGGCUGUCAGUGUGGCUGCCCAGAGUACCCUAAACAAAAGGGAUCCAGAAGGUAAAAGGGAAGAGCAGCAACAAACCGGUUAUGAAAGAUACAGCGAUGUGUCUCAUGGCCACCUUGAACCACAGCAAAGCUAUGUUGCUUCUCAUGAAGUCCGCGAGCCCAGCACCACUGCAAACCAAAAAUCAGGAAGUGAAACCACAGAAGAGCUCCAGGAAGCUCUUCUAUCAGCUUAUGAUCCUCAAAUUCCAACACGGGCUGCUGCCCUGCGAACUCUUUCUCGCUGGAUAGAGCAGAGAGAAGCAAAAGUCCUUGAUAUGCAGGAGAAGCUUCUCAAGAUAUUCUUGGAGAACUUGGAGCAUGAAGACACCUUUGUAUAUCUGUCUGCUAUUCAGGGGGUUGCCCUCCUCUCAGACUUGUACCCUGAGAAAAUCUUGCCUGGCCUGCUGGCUCAGUAUGACAGCAGUAAAGACAGGCACACACCAGAGACCAGGAUGAAAGUGGGGGAAAUCCUGAUGCGAAUCGUCAGGGCAUUAGGGGACAUGGUCUCAAAGUACCGAGAACCUUUAAUCCACACCUUCCUCAGAGGAGCAAGAGAUCCGGAUAGUGCUCACAGGGCCAGCAGCCUGUCCAACCUUGGAGAGCUGUGCCAGAGACUGGACUUUAUGCUGGGCUCCGUGGUUCAUGAGGUAACAGCUUGUCUGAUUGCUGUGGCGAAAACAGACCAUGAAGUCCAGGUGCGGAGAGCUGCCAUCCACGUGAUUGUGCUGCUGCUUCGGGGACUCAGCCAGAAGGCCACUGAGGUGCUGAGGGAUGUCCUCAAGGAUCUCUACCACCUGCUGAAGCACGUGCUGUGUUUGGAGCCCGAUGACGUGGCCAGGCUUCAUGCCCAGCUGGCCCUGGAAGAGCUGGAUGAGAUCAUGAGAAACUUCCUGUUUCCGCCACAGAAGCUGGAGAAAAAGAUCACAGUCUUGCCAUAG